UUUCGCAGGGGCUAUUAUUAUGGUCAUACGCAGUUGCCGUAGACUAAGGCUAUGAACAAUCAGUAGAACCAAUACCUACAGACCACCCAGGGCGUGCUAUUCAAUAUACAGUGCAUAAUCCGUAACGCAUUUCUUAUAACUCGCUCUUGGGCGAAUCAAUGUUGUGUGCGUCCACUGGAAAGUGAAGGCGGUCAUCACAGCGGAACCGAUAACAAAAUAGGAUUCGUUUCCAGACGGAAGGGGGGAGCUGUGCGUUCGACUAGCAUUGUCAAGUCAGCCAGGCUAGCGAUGCUGUUCCACGCACAAAACCUCUCAUAUAUUUGUAUGAAAUAUACCCAGAAAGUUAAUCAGAUGUAGUGAAGUGUCUCUAUAUAACAGCGCUUAGCUACUACGAACGAAUUGAUUCCUUAGCAGCAAGUGAAUUAACUAAUCAGGACAGACUUGCUGGUGAGAGCAAAACGACGUCGACGUAGCAGUUCCUCGUUAAAAUUACAAAAAAGGUUGGCGUUUAAAAUUACCCAUCGAUAAACCACACAAACUGAAAUGGAAGACUGUGGAACUAUUUCGGGUGAUGAAGGAUGCGCCGACUUAUCCAAGCUGGUGUCUGAGGACGGGAAAAACGCCAAGUCCGUGCUGUGCCAGCGGUGUGGCUCCAAGGUUCUGUGUCCGGGAGUGGCUGUACUUGCUGAGAAGGAGCUGUUCCUGCCCUCUAUGCGGAAGAAGACGGGCAUCAGCCAGGUGGAAGGGACCGUGGACGGGGACACGCUAACAGCACACUGGCUGGUGGAUGACAUGUACACCUUCGAGAACGUGGGCUUCACCAAGGACGUGGGCAAGGUCAAGUACCUGAUCUGUGCGGACUGUGAGAUCGGCCCAAUCGGCUGGCACUGCCUGGACGAGAAGAAGAGCUUCUACGUGGCACUGGAGAGGGUCAACCACGCUUGAUGGUUCACCCGGACAGUGGGCAGCACCAAUGAGAGCGGGGGGAAGGGGGACUCGAGAACCGCUUGUGCCAACUCCUUUUUGGGCAUGGGGUGGGGCUUGUUCGGCAGGGUCCCUCGUUUCCCUGUCAUCCGCGGAUUGACUUGAGGUGUUUUUCCCUCUUUCCUGUACCUUUCGAUCAUUUACUCAUUCCCUUGAAAUGGAAGACAGUGUGUAAGUGAAAGCGAUAACUCCUACUUGAAUGGCUUUCUUUUUUCCCCCAAUUCUCUAUUUGAAACAGUUAAUAGAUUAAGUCCAAUAAGUAGCCCUGUUGCUUGGCCUUCGUUUUUGGGUUUUGCCUAACAGCGUUUGUACUCUUGCUUUUAGCUGUUCACUGCCUCUCUCCCUGUGGAAGACUGGCAGUUGGCAGGACCAAUCGAAUGAGCCGCAGCGUUCCUGGAGCUCUGUCGGAUGGCACUGCCAGUUCAGCUGGUCUGUCUAACUGUCUAAUCCAGAAGACAUCCUCUGGGUUUUCUCCCGCCCCUUAAAGCUUUGCUGGCAGAAAACAGAAUGCGGUUGAGUACAUUUGCCAAAAAGUGCAUCAAAUGUAUCAGUGCAUAUAAUACAUGUAAUAUCUAACUGAGAGGAGACAUUAUGUCUGUCAUAUGGGGAAUAGGAGGACAUGUGCAUUGGUGUGGGUGUCACUGCUUUAUUGCUGAUGCGACAUUAGCCUGUGGCUUCUGUUGUAAUGAUGCAGCAGUACACAUUGCCUUACGUUACCUCUGACUGAAACGAAGGCGUACAGAACUGCAAGCCCCCCCCCCCCCCCCCCCAUCCCCCCAUCCCCCCAGUGAGAAUGCAUAUCGCCACUAACCUCUGGAUGCACACAUGCUGCUUAAUGCCGUCUGUACUGAAAGAAUAUUAAAAUUUGCUCAAAUCUGA